AUGGAGAGUCUGAGUGAACUGCAGAACCCUCUGCUGCCUCGGAGCCCCGCCCCGCUGCAUGGCCGCUACCCCUACCCCGAGGCUUCGCCCAGCUGGUCAUGCCAGGAGAAGCUCUACUCCUACCUCCUGGGUGGGGCUGGCUCUGCUCACACCCACCAGCUCCUGGACCCGGGUUCCCUGCAGCUGGCCGUGGAGGCCUGGUACAGGCCCAGCUGCCUCCUGGGGAGGGACAAGAUCAAGGAGCCCAGGGCAAGCACCUGUGAGACCAGCUUCACAGAGAACAGGGAGCUCCAGGCUGGGCCCACGGAGCGGUCCACAGAACCUGGCCAAGUAGAAGAGGAUAUCACCAUCCAGACCGUGUCCUACGGGGUUCAAGAGGAGCUGCAGGGCCGGGAGAAUGACCAGGAGGAGGAGGAGAGUGAUGUGACCUCCACAGACAGUGAAAGUGAAGACAACUUCGUGGCGCUGCCCCCCAGGGACCACCUGGGCCUUACUAUCUUCUCCAUGCUCUGCUGCUUCUGGCCCCUGGGCAUCGCUGCCUUCUACUUCUCCCAGGGGACCAGCAAGGCCAUCUCCAAGGGAGACUUCCGCCUGGCCAGCACCACCUCCCGCAGGGCCCUCUUCCUGGCCACCCUCUCCAUCGCCGUGGGCGCCGGUCUCUAUGUGGCCGUGGUGGUGGCUCUGGCAGCUUACAUGUCCCAGAAUGGCCAUGGCUAG